AUAUUCACUUUUGAAGUUUCCAACUCAAAUUUGAAGCAUUAUAUUUUUAUUUUUCCAACCUUGUUAAGAAAUUCUAAAUCGGCCGGAUCCACCUCAAAGAUACUUUGGCUGUCAAAGAGUCAACUAAUCUGUAAUCACUAAUUGGCUCUCAAAGAGUCCGUCAACUAUGUAGUUUCUGCUUGACUUUGUGGAAAAACUUGUCAUGAUGGAAGAAUUGACCCAGUCUUCGGCCACUCACAAUUUAGCAUUAUCUUUUUCCCUUUCACACAAUAUUUUCAUCUAACCAGAGACAAUCCAUUUCCAUUCAAACUACUCUGCCAUGGAAUCAGAUUCUGCUAGCAAAAUCUCAAAGGCAUCACUAAGCCUUAAUUUGAAUGAUCAAACGAACUCAAGAAGAAGAAAGCAGCCCAAGUGGUUCAUUACUUUAAUCAUCUUUUUCAUUCUCAUCAUCGUCGCCAUCAUCUCUGUUUUAACGAUGAUUAAGCGAGAUUACGAAUCUGAAUUACCUGCCAAUAACCCAGAAAAGGCAAUCAAAUCCAUUUGCUCGCCGACUCCGUACUACCAGACAUGCUUUAACUACAUGUCUAAUUCCCUCUACAAAAAUAAAAAACUAGGAUCAACAAAAAUCAACUCAUAUCAAAUAUUCUCCAUCUCACUUCAUACCGUAAUCGACGAGCUCCAGAAAGUCAGUUACUCACUCAAAUCGUCCGAUUCCUCUACUGAUCAGUCAACUGUAAGUCACUGCAACUAUCUGUAUUUCAACAAAUCACUGAGUCAAUUGAACAGUUAUUUGGCGAUCGAUGAAGAGAAAAACAUGACUAUGAGAUCUGAAAUGCUUGACUGGCUCCAAACUGAAAGGCCCAAAAUUGCGAGAUGUUUGUAUUCGUUGGAGUUAGACAAGGGAUUGGACACAGAAAACGCGAACAAUUGCUUGAUGAUUCUGGUGAAUAUGAACAGCAUCUCUGAGAUGCUUAAUCCAUCCAUUAACUUUUUCACUUCAGAUCCAUUUCGAAGCUCGGGGAGAAGUAUCGUCGCUUUACUUUUCUCGGAUCGAGAAUUCGUGGAUACAGUGUGUAUUUUUGGCGUGCAGUUUAUUUUCUUGCUGUUUUUGGUUUGUAUUCUUUUACGUGUUUGGUGAUAAAUAAGCUGAUUAUUCAAAUUAUAA